UGGUUAAUUCGUUUGUCUUCUCUUUUCUUCUUGAGGAGUAAGUUGGCAGAAUUUUGUGCUAUAUGAAUACAAAUCGAUUUGGAAGAUGAAUCAAAUAGUUCGAAUCAAGAACAUGUCUGAGAUGUUUUGCAGAGGCCUUUCAUCAUAGGUUUGAACAUCCAGAGCAUGGAAGACCUAUUCUCAACUGAAGGUUAGGUUAUCCCUGCCAAAUAUUUGGGAAAAUACUUUAUCGAGAACCAGGGGGGACCUUUGAUCAAGGUGGCCAUCAUGACGAUGGAACAUCAGAUUGUUGAGAAGCAGGAUGUGACAAUUCACCGUCUACACACUACGGUACCAAAUGUCUCAGAAGAGAUCUCUGAAGAAUUUCUCCUGGAUUUUGAUGAUCUUGCAGUUCAGGAAAUCGUUUAUCAGUCAUUCCAGAAAAAUCCUCAUGAACAUCAAUGCCAUGCUUCGGUUAGUGAAUCUAGAUCCAAUCAUGAGAUUGGCCAGAGCAGUCAUGGUGGCAGCAGUUCAGUGACCACUGAUAUCCUAUUACAAUUCACGUCUGAUGAAGCUAUAGCUCAGCAGUAUGAAAUACUGGAUAAUUUGCCUGCCGAUGCAUCUUUCAGCGCAUUAAAUCAGUCAGAAGCUGCAGAAAACAUUUCAGAGUCUUCCACCAUGAAUGGUGGAUCUUCUUCUGCCGACUCUCCUGGACAGGACACAAGGCAAGACAGCAUUGACCCAGAUCAAAUGUCUUAUGAGCAAUUGCAAUCACUAGAGGAAGAAGUGGGUAAUGAAAGCAGAGGGUUGUCAGACGAGCUUAUAUCUUACCUGCGAGAUCUAAAGCACAAAUGCGGGUUCUUCUCAAAAGGCAAAAAUGAGGAAUGUGUCAUUUGUAAAACGAAUUAUAGGAGAGAAUGGUUGAUUACGUUGCCUUGUAAACAUUGUUAUCAUUCACACUGUAUCAUUCGUUGGUUGGAGGUCAAUAAGGCAUGUCCCAUAUGCAAAGAGGAGGUAUUCGGAUAAUAUUGACAUUGCUGCAAAAGAAUGCCUUGAAACUGAGGACUCAAUGAGCCAUGAUGUGUAGAUCACCAUGUAAUGAAUUACUUUCUGUUGUAUGUGGUGCCAAAGAAAUCUCACCAAAUAAUCAUACUUUUGUCAUGUAAAGGGGAUGCAUAAAAACCUGAUUCAGUUUGGUGGAGAUGGAUGUCAAGCUUGUUCGAGUAA